AUGGUGGAAAAUCUCACAGCAGCGGGGACAGAUGAGGAUCCGUCGCCGACUGCUCAGACUGUGUUCGGGGUGGUCCUUCUCCUGGCAGGGUUGACUGGCGUCCUCGGAAACGGACUGGCUCUACAGGCUUUAUAUGCGUGUAAGGCCUUGCGGCAGCCUAAGCACUACCUGGUGGCUAACCUGUGCGUGACAAACGGACUGAUGUGCCUGGUGUACUGCUGCUCCACCGUCCCCGCCAGCUUCGCACACACAUGGCCGUUUGGAGAACUCGGUCGCGACGUGGUGGGCUUCAGCGUCAGUGUGAUGACCGUGGUGCUGAUGACGUCACAGCUCGCCAUAGCCGCACAGCGAGUCGCCGUCGCCGCCAGCCCCCUAGCGGCCGCCUACAGCAUCACACACGGCAAGAUGCUGACGUGCGUCGCCGCCACAUGGGUCUACUCAACCGUCGUUAUGCUGCCUCCUCUCGCAGGGUGGAACAGGUUUGCCAUAGACCGCAGUGGCGUCAGUGUGACGUUCGACUACGCGGCUCUUGACGGUCUAGGCGAGAGGCGAAGCUGA